CAACAUGCUCUGGGUUGUCUUUAUAAAAGAGGCGUGGGCCAGAGAAAGUACUGAGUGUUGCAACAUGCUCUGGGCUGUCUUUAUAAAAGAGGUGUGCAUCUUAGUGGGGACAAACAGCUCAUGAAGACACUGACAUCUGCUACUGAUACAGGGCGUCCAUUCAACAUACUAUUCUGAAGUUUCCUUCAAAGGCAAACAGACAUCUAUCACAACAACGAUGUCCAUCUUGCUGCUGGCUCUACUGGCUCCCGUGAUGGCGCAGUCCUCCCUGCAUCCAGUGGACUGUGAUGAGGUCUAUAGAUCAGGUUCUGGACAAAACGGGGUCUACACCAUCUACCCUGCAGGACCUACCUCACCUGUCCAGGUCUUCUGUGACAUGGGGUUGGAAAGUGCAUAUCGAGGAAAGUGGACGCUGAUUCAGAGGCGACAGGAUGGAUCAGUGAACUUCUACAGGAAGUGGGAUCAAUACAAGAGUGGUUUUGGGAGCGCAGCUGGAGAGUACUGGCUGGGGCUGGAGACAAUGCAUCUCAUGACUAUGAAAGGAACCUAUGAGCUGAGGGUGGACAUGGAGGACUUUGAGGGGAAUAAGGUCUAUGCUCAGUACUCUUCCUUCUCCGUUGGACCAGAGGCUGAAGGAUACCUGCUAACACUGGGCUCAUUCAAAGAUGGAGGAGCAGGAGAUUCUCUGGGUUUUCACAAUGGUCACAAAUUUACAACGUUAGAUAAAGACCAGGACCUUAACGCCGCCAACUGUGCCCAGGUGUACUACGGAGGAUUUUGGUACACCAACUGCCAUGCUACUAACCCCAAUGGGAUAUAUGCAUGGGGCGAGUCUACCUUUGGUAUUGGCAUCAACUGGAAUUCAUGGAAAGGCCAUACAUACUCCCUGGGAAAGCCAUCACCAUGA